GGUAUGAUAAAUGGAUCGAUGGUCCAGGCUGAAUGGCUGCAGCCGGGUGGAGGUGGGGGUUGGACAUGACAGUCCUGGAUAACCCCAAAUGUUCAAUCUGGCACGUCUAACAGAAGGGGGGUAUAGUGAUCCAUGAAGCAUGAGGCAACACUGUGCUCUCAAACAUGGAAUACUCAAGGAAUUCCUGGCAGAAUUCCUCGGGACUUUUGUUUUGGUUUUGUUCGGCUGUGGGUCCGUGGCCCAGACCGUCCUCAGUCGCAACACCCUGGGUGAGCCCCUCACCAUCCACAUCGGCUUCUCGGUAGGACUGAUGAUGGCAGCGUACAUUGCCGGCGGAGUGUCAGGGGGCCACGUAAACCCUGCUGUGUCUCUGGCCAUGGUCGUCCUGGGCAAACUGAAGAUAUGGAAGUUUCCCUUCUACGUCAUUGCCCAGUUCCUUGGGGCUUUUGCUGGAGCGGCUGCGGUGUUUGGUCUCUACUACGAUGCUUUCAUGGACUUCACCAGCGGGAAUCUGUCUGUAACAGGUAUCAAUGCAACCGCUCACAUCUUUGCGUCCUACCCAGCGAGACACCUGUCGGUCCUCGGUGGCUUCGCUGACCAGGUUGUAGGGACGGGAAUGUUGGUCUUGUGUAUCCUGGCCAUCAUCGAUGGGGGGAACAUCGGAGCUCCUAAAGGCCUGGAGCCGCUGGCCAUCGGUCUGAUCAUCAUGGCCAUUGGAGUUUCCAUGGGGCUGAACUGCGGCUACCCACUCAACCCUGCCAGGGACCUGGGACCCAGGCUGUUCACCGCUUUGGCGGGAUGGGGCAUGGAGGUCUUCAGCACUGCAGACUACUGGUGGUGGAUCCCCGUGGCAGGUCCAAUGGUGGGGGGUGUGGUUGGGGCCAUCAUCUACUACCUCCUCAUCGAGCUGCACCACCACCAUCACGAUGAGCCAGAGAAGCCACACGAGGAGGAAGAGGACCAGGAAGAUGAGGAGGACGAGGACUGCAGUCUUAAGGACAAAUAUGAGAUGAUCACCAUGAGCUAGAAAGCAUCGCUCCCUGGACCGACUUGUAUGUUGGUUCAGCCAUGUUAUUGUCAAGCAGGCAAAUAACACCCAGUCCCUCUUAAAGCAGUAAGGACAAGCUUGCGCUCUCAGUAUCCAGCCGUGGAUCAACCCUUUUUAGCGGGAUAGGCCAUACUUACAGUACUUGAUGACUGACUGGUGUGCGGAGACAAACUCUUCUGGUACACCGGUGACACACUUAAACUGCCGACAGCCAAACUACUAGAUGAAAUACUCUACAAUUAUGAAUAUAAUGAAAUAUUUUUGCAUGAUGAAAAAAGAAUGAAGCUAGCCAUAAACGAUAAACAACACACAUGUACUGAUGUGGUGUGCUACAUAUAGGCAUAAUGGAAACAAGCAAAAAGCUGCUCUGUCCUUGAAGAACGCUACGAUUCACUCCUGUAUUGGACUCUGUACCGCUACACUUUGACUUUUUUAACGCUUUACAUUUCACGUAAACAUUACGAUCUCAGUCUUGUGUGUUUCUGUUCUAGCAUACAUGUGUAAAUAUUGUGUUGUAAAUAUCAGAGAAACAUUGAAUAUCCUUUGGAUAUGAUAGAUACCAGGCCAGAAGAUGAAUUUUAACCUAUUUUAGUCAACUUCCCUUCAGGUAUGUCACAGUUUAUCCUCAAUCAAUGUACAUGCAUGCAUUGUUGUUGUUUUUGAUUAUUUUCUUUUUGCAAGAGAUGGAAAAAUUCUCUUGCAUGUUCACUAUUCUUGCUACUUUUAUUCAGUUUUGUUUUGCCAACAUUA